AAUUUAAAUGGACAGAAUAAGGGAAACAUUUGGAAGAAACCCAUCGUUCCAAGAUGCCAACAAAACACGAUCUCCCCUAAAAUCGCGUUUGCAAAAAACACUUCCACUCUAGUUUCCUAGAAUUGAUUGGAGAGCCAUCUACAUUUGGACUGGAAGGAGUUAGCAGUCGAAGGCACUGCGCUCCAUUUUCGCCUAUCAGAAAUAGACUAGGUGACUUAACUGAUACAUCUUCUCCACAGAUCACCCAAAGUUCUAGGGUUUCAUCUGCUAAAUCAAUUCCGAUCGGAUCUCCAUCGUUUAAUCAUCAAGUUCUGCUGCUCUUUCUAACCCCGUCAGUCUUUUCUCAACAUCCACCAUGAACUGUGAAGUUUGCCAACUUAAAGAACUGGAAGUGGAACACUUCGAGAUACGGGAGGUUCUACGCUGCAUACUACACACGAUUGUGUUUCAUAGGGCUUUAGGUCUUGUGCGGCCCAAAGACAUUGAUUUGGAACUUUUUGACAUUACAUAUGUGCAAUGUGGGGAUCCGGAACUUGAGAAGAAGAUAGAUGAGAAGAUUGAGCAGUUCAUCAGUUGGGUGGAGAAACACCCAAACAAGAAAAGUCAGAUCUGUUUAUCUUUCUAUGAAGUGAAAAACAAACAAGCGUCGUGGUUUAACAAAACUGAACGCCUAUAUUGGGAGCAGUGGUAUAUCAAUUUGAAUGUUGCGCAGCACACUAAAGCAAAUUCUAGCAAGUCUCAUAAUUCCAAAAUUGUUGUAGAUCCAGGGGAUAGUGUCAUGGAGCAGAGAAGUGCUCGCAGGGCAUCACUUGAAGCAUCUCUUCGUGAGGUUCUCUUUCAGAUAAUAAAAUUUGUGAAUGAGAAAAAGGAUCACAUUCCGCCUAUACCAAGCCUGGAGGGUAUCUCAUUUCCCUAUGAAAUCACCAUUCCAAGGAUUCCUUCAAAGGUUUAGGUGUGGAUGGCCGUUAUUAGUAGAGUUAACAUCAACAAUCGGUUGCAGAAGACCUUAGGCUUUGUGUCUCCUGAAAUGUGUGUGAUGUGCUAUGCUGGUGGUGAGACUUAAGCUCCUUUCUUUCUUCAUUGAUGUAUGCCUUGGACUUCAUGGGACAAGCUUUUUGGUUUUUUUUAGAGAAUGUUGUAUGUGCCCUACUUCUUUGGGGGCUUUUCUGAUGAUUGCCUUCAGAGGUUUUGGGAGGUGUAAUGAUGGCAGGACACUAUGGUGGUGUAUAGUAUUUGCCACCUUUUGGGCGCUUCGAUUGGGGAAAAAUGCUAAUAUUUUUGUGCAUUUUACUUUGUCAAUUGAUUUUUUUUGGAUUGGAUUUCCUUUUUCAUGCUUCAUUGUGGGUUUUUGGUUAGUUUGCUUUGGCAAUGUGGGUUUCUUUGAUAGUCAGCGAGAUUGUUCAGCAUUGUCAGCCUGAACUUAUCUUUGCUUUUCUUCUUAGCCAGAAUCUAUUUUUUUUAUGUUUUUGUUUUGUUUAGGAGGAUUUCUUACCGUGUAUAUUCUUUCUUCUUGUAAUAAAGUUUCUUUUUUAUUUUUU